UGCGCUUUCUAGCAAAUUCAAAACAUUUGGGCCAACCACAUGGAUAUGUUAGAUCAACCCUUAGAUACCAGUCUUCAACAUUCCUGUGGUUGGGUCGAUGAGUAAGCUCUAAGAAAUCUACAGGAUUUGAAGAAGUGGAAUAUCUUGUUUUCAGAUACUUGGUGUAAAAUUUGAAAAAUGCUAGACAUUUAUUACUUUUAGCAAGAGUCAAGAGAAAUGUUGUGGAAACAUCUGGAAUAUUUUAGCAGUGGAGACCAGGUAAAUGAUUCAGGGACAUCUGAUGAUACCUCACACAUACCAGCUGAUGAUAAUACAGUCAACACAGUUGAAGAUGCCAUAGAACUUCAUGCUACCCAACCGACCAGUAAUCUUCUUGAUCCUACAGUUCACUAUCAGUUUAGAGCAGAGAAUGGUCAUGGUACUGUGACAUACCGUGUGGUACAGGUUGCACCAGAGUGUGAUGUAAAUACUGAUGCUUCUGCUCAUGUGGUGACCACAGCAGCAGCAUUAGUUGGCCAGCAAGUUGCUCAAACAAUCCUAACCAGCUACUCCACAACCAACGAUGGAGACAGUCCCACAUCAGAUGUCCAGCCCUCGGACACAAGGUUUGCAUACUUUCCUGCUGUUGCAGAUGGAAGCAUAACGUCUUCACAAUCUGAAGCAACAGCUCUACCAGCACCAAGCCCAGGACAGUUUUAUGUAAUGAUGUCUCCACAAGAUGUACUUCAGCCAGGACAAAGAACUUUGGCUCCAAGAACACAUCAGUUUAGUCCAAAAUUAGAUAUAACAAGAACAGCGAGAGAUGAACGUCGCAGAGCCACUCACAAUGAAGUGGAAAGAAAAAGAAGAGACAAAAUCAAUAAUUGGAUAAUGAAGUUAUCGAAAGUAGUUCCUGAUUGUUCCUCUGAUCAUACCAAACAAGGGCAGCAGAGUAAAGGAGGUGUACUUGCUAAAGCUUGUGACUACAUCCAAGAGUUGCGAAACGCUAAUGCCAGAUUGCCUGAGAUUUUAAAGGAAAAUGAGAGACUGACAAUGGAUGUAGAACUGUUAAGACGUCAGUGUGAAGAUAUCAAGAAUGAGAAUCAGAUGUUCCAAGUACAUCUUCAACAGCAAGGGAUUACCGUUACUGACCGGAUGGGUACAAAUGGUACAUAAAAGAAUAUCAGAGCCUCUGAACUGUUCCAGUUUGUUCAGUGAUGUGCUUACGUAUGAAAAGCUUGGGAAUGUCUUAUUAACUGGAACAAAACAACUAUGUAAGGAUUGCCUUGUUUUGUCACUUGCUUGAAGCAUGUGUCAGUUGUUAAAAACAGCUACUGUUGCCAUGUUUGUUAUAUAGUUAACCAGUUGAUAUUAUAGCCAGGAAAUUUGUUAUCUUGGUAUCAGAAUAUCAUUUGUAUAUAAUUAGAAACAAGUUUUUAAUGUGAAAAUGGUUUCUGCAACAGAUUUAACAAGUAUGGAAACUUUCUAUUCAAUGAAAAAAAUCUGUAGAAAUUAUCUAGAAUAGUGUUCAUGAAGUUGGCUGUGUGUAAUAAUGGAACAUACAGUGUUCAUGAAGUUGGCUGUGUGUAAUAAUGGAACAUACUUUUGGUUUCACGUUUCUAUGAUUUUUAUUUGAUAAUCCUUCAGGUAUUUAACCCCAUGGGGGGUUUGCUAUCAGCUCAAGUUAAAAUUUUUCUAUAGUAGCAAGUAUGAAUAUUGUAUAGCUCUGUAGACUACAGAGAAGUAAUGUAAAUCUUAAAAACAUGUAUGGUUUGCACUGUCAGUAAUAUAACUGUUUUUUUAAAGAUUAAACUAUAAGUUACUUCUGUGUAAUAAAUAAUCUACAUGAGGUUGGUCCAACUGUCUACCUCUGGAGGGUUAGACUCAAGAGAAUGGAAUCUUUGCCACAUGGAUGUCUCAUUAUUACCUAAAUUUCAUUAUUAAAGCAGAAUGUAGUGUCAUUUUUGGUUAUAAUAUACCAAUUAAAAACCUGUUAAAAGUAGGGUAAUUUCAAUUGUAAAUGAGUCAUAUUCUAAACAGUUUUUUUUGCAAUAUGUUACAUUAUUCAGCUAGACCACUUAAAUAAUUCAAAGUCUCAGUUGUCAUUUGCCUUACAAAGAAAAGAGCCUAGUACUUCUGCUGUAAAUUUUAUAAUCUAGUCGUGAUACGUAUAUGUAUACUAAUAGAAACAUAGAAUCUGCUUAAGUUUUCUAGUGCAAGCUUUGAUUAACAAAUGAUAGCUGGUCUGUUGGUAUUAGAGUUAACCAAGCUGUGUUGCAAACUUAAAACUGAGUCCUACAAGUUGUUGUGAAUUAUCAGUAUUGUAGGAAGGUUUGACAUUAGAAAUAAAACCUUUUUUGUUAUUAAUGUCAUAUUGGUGUGAUAAAACUUGGAAAUACCUGAAUUAAUUUUUGUCAUUUUGCACUUAAUCAGUAACUCAUUUUUGUACCAUUCCUUUAAAACAGAGAUAAUUAUUUUAUUAAGUCCUCAGUAUGAUUCUUGGAACAGAUCUUAAAGUCAUUUCGAUUUCUUGUAAGUUUGUGUGAAUGUGCAACAAAGAACUUAGCACAUAGUUUACAUACUCAAUAAACUGUAUGAGAUCAAAAGUAAAUAAAACUUUAUCUCGUUAUUGUAAACAAAUUUUAGAGUUUGUCUGUAAAAACGACUACUUUGAUUAAAUACUUUUCAGAACUCUACAAACAAGUUUCUUUACAAUACAGAUUUAACAAAUGUUGGUAAAUUGGCCUUGCUUGUUCUAACUUACAAGUUUAAUACAAUCAGCAUGAUAAACUGUUUUUUUUAUUCUAGCAUACAAGUUUAACAUGAUAAACUGAUGUUUCUUGAUUCAAAAGUACAAAUAUAACAUGAUCGUUGGGGUAAACUGGCCUUUCUGGAUUCAUAAGUACAAAUUUAACAUCAGUUUUGAAAACUGGCCUUUCUGGAUUUUAGUGUACAAAUUCAACAUGAUCAGCAUAGUAAAUUGGCCUUUCUUAACUCUAGUGUACAAAUUUAACAUGAUCAGUAUGAUAAACUGGCCUUUUCAAGUUUUGAUACAGCUGAGCAAUUAGUGGAAUAUGCUAAUAAAUUAAUUGUUGGUCUUAUUAAUUGAUUAUUCCCAUAUGAGACUAAUCUUCCUAUUUUCACCUUGUUUUGUGUUUAAAAGACAUUCUAAAGCUACCUUUCAUUUAAUGUGGUAAACAUCAUGAGGUACAAUAAUUAAGGAUUAAGUUACUUUUUUAAUUGUUGUACAUUAAAAUGCAACAUAGUAUGAAACUUGUAACAAGCUGAAAAUACGAUUAAUACUGAUCCAUGGAUUUCUCCACACAAAUUUUAACAAGAUUGCUAAAAUAAAGUAAACUAAAAGUAAUUGUCCUUAGAUGUUGUAAAACUAGUAAAGACUGUUUUAACAGUGUGUGAUAGACAAUACAUAAUUCAUUGAAAACAAAUCCAUGCCAAUUCUAGAAAAACAAACACUAACUAUUUUGAAAGAUGGUACUGCAUCAAUUCUUUCCAAAUAUUAAAAUUCUCCUUAAGGUGGAAAUUUAAGAAAAAAUUAAAAUCACAGUGAUAUGGAAAAAUCUGUAAUUAUAGAUGUUACAGAUUUUUUUCCUAAUUCAAUGAUCAUUGUGAAACGUUUUUAAAGUAAUUAACAACUUUAUAAGCAUAAAAAACAUCCCAAACUUAUAAACAACAGAAGUUUAGAAAGACCACAUUAAUAUGUUUAUAUAUUAUAGUACAAGGUGGAUAAAACUGUAGAAGCGUAUGUGCAUGCUAAGGAGUCAGUAAAUCAAACAACUUAAAGCUUACUGUUUUAUAUAGUGUUUAAGUGGCACGUGGUUAUGCCAGACUUCUGUUUUCCCUUUUCACAGCUUCCUAUCUAGUUGUAAUUAAACAGAAUUCCUAUUUGUGUAAAUAGGUUAAUGAUGUAAUGGUACUACAUAUUGGUUGACUGUCAUUAGACCACGUAUAGCAGUUUCUGACAAAUUCAGUUAAAUGAGCAAGUUAUUCAGGAAUCAGAAUUUUUUUGGAUUGAGUAAAGAAUAAUUAGUAUUAAUUUGCCAUAUCGUUUUAUUAAAGCAAUCUUUAAGUCAUACUGGUUAUGUUUUAAGAUAUAUUUUAUAAUACAUAAGAAAUGUAUUAAUUUAAAGCUACACUGUUAUUUAGACAUAUGAGGUAAACCUAAACAAUAUGCAUCAUUGUGGCUAAAGAUGUAACUAUUCAUGAAUUUUGUAAAAGCAGUAAUAGCUAAUAUUUUGAUCAAUUACUGUUCCUGAUUAUCAUUAUUUUUGUGAAUUGUGGCACUAAUUGAUUAAGCUUAAAAACUUUGUUUGAAAAUAAUAAUGAGAAAUCAUAAUGGCAAUUCUUUAAUUACGUAGUUGAAAUAAAAUGUAAAACUGGAAACACUAAUUUCAUUUUAAUCGUAAUUUUGAUUAGUCAAUUAUUUUACACUUAUCAAUUAUUUCACUUAAUCGAGUUAAUCACCCAAUUGUAGUGUACACAUUUAAUGUUUUCUGUAUUGCAAAGUAGCCUUUUUUGGUGUCCAAGUAUAUAAACUUAACAUCUUUGGUGUCGUGCAUGUAAACUGGUCUUUUUUUGUUUCAUAAUUAAAAAUUUCACAUUGUUAAUGUAAAAAAACGGUCCAUUCUUGAUUCAGGCUUUUCUUGGUGUGCCAGUUUAACGCUUUUCACUGGUAAAUUGGUAACAUUUUUAAGAUAUUCUUUUCAGUGUUAUUAAAAUGCUUGUAGAAUACAGUUGUUUGUGUGGGACUGUAUAUUUUGAAAAGAAAAGGUAUUCAUCAUGUACUGAAAAAAUUUUGUUAUUACUACUACUACUUUUUUGAGAAAUCUGGUUAUAAAGUAAAUUCGUAAAAUGUAUAAUUUGAUAGAUUUCAAAAAAAAAAGUAAGAAAUGUAGCCUUUUUAAGUUUAAUUGUUUUACAACAUUGUUGAUUUUUCUUGUUUAUAGAUUAUCUUUUUGUUUAAAAUCCACAUAAUAUAAGAAUAUAUUUGAUCCUUUAAUCCAUAAAAUUGGAUUUGAUUUACAAAUGGAUGUAUUUUAAGUGAAGGUAAUAAUGAGCAGUAGAUUUUAUUUAGUGAAAUGUAUUAAAUAUUGAUUGACAUGAAAAAUGGUUGUAAGGACUCUGUUAGGGAGCAUGGACACUCUUGCUCCAUUAAGACAAAUCCUUAAGUAACUAUUAUUUCUGCUUCAUUGUUUUCUACCUGUCUGUUGGUAUGUAUACAUCUUAAGUAUAUAUAAAAAACAUGGAUAGUAAAUUACUUUGUAAUCAGAUUACACAUCAUACUGAGUUUGAUACAAUUAAAAAAGAAACUUCUAUCAUUA